GCAACGUCCACUAAAAUUUAAAACAAAAAUAAAAUCAUUUGACAGAACAUAUAAAGCGAAUAAAUAGAAAGAAAUAAUAAAUAAAAGAUUUCUCACUCACAAACGAAAUUUUCAGUUUUAGAAUUUGAAAACGUUUUGAUCAAAGAGAGUGUGAAUCAGUGAAUCAGAGAGUUAUGGAAGAGGAGAGAAACAAUCCGCAUCAUUCCACCGCCGAUCUUCUUUCUUGGUCUGAGAUCCGCCGUCCUGACUAUUCCACCGCCGCUAAUCGCUCUAACCAGCCGUCUGAUGGAAUGAACGAUGUACUUGGCGGCGGCGGUCAGAUCACUAACGCGGAAACUAAAUCACUUAAUACGAAUGUUUCGCAUAGGAAGAACUGUUCUGGGCAUAAGCUAAAAGAAAUGACUGGUAGUGACAUAUUCUCUGAUGAUGGUAAAUAUGAUCCAAAUCACCAGACAAGAAUCCAUUACCAUCAGGAUCAGCUGAGCCAGAUAUCAUUCAGCGGCGAAGAGAAUGCAACAACUCCCAUGAAUGGCAAAGAUGAUCCAAAUCACCAGACAAGAAUCCAUUACCAUCAAGAUCAGAGAAGCCAGAUAUCUUUCAGCGGUGAAGAGAAUGUGACUCCAAAGAAACCAACCACUUUAAACGAGGCUGCUAAGCAAAAGGAGUUGAGCAGGACUGUAGAAACCCAAGCAGAUUCGAAGUGUAAGAAGAAACAGAUAUCGAACACCAAGAAUAAAGCAAUGAGUGGGCAUGACAUCUUUGCAUCUCCUGAAAGCCAACCUCGCCGCUUGUUUGGUGGUGCAACACAAUCAGAAGUUAAAGGAAAUAAGAACACGGAGGAAUCUGCACCGAGGAGCUCGCGUGCAUCUGUCAAAACCUCAAACGGGCAAAGCAGCAACAGAUUGUUUAGUGAAGAACAUGUUGUGAAGUCAUCAAAGAAGAUACAUAACCAGAAGUCUCAGUUUCAGGGGCUCACAAGCAAUGGUAUCUUCAAAUCUGAUAAAAUCCCUCCUGGUUAUUCAGAGAAGAUGCAAAGCUCAGCCAAAAAGCGGGAAAUGAGCGGACACAAUAUAUUUGCAGACGGGAAGUCGGAAUAUCGGGAUUACUAUGGUGGUGCGAGGAGACCUCCUGGUGGCGAGAGCAGCAUUUCAUUGGUCUAAAAUAAGUCUUAAACCACAGACACUUUUUUUUUUUUUUUUUUUUGGUUUAAGACAGACACUCUUAAUAUGUUCAUGUUUAGGAUUUAGUUUUAAACAAAGUAGUUUGUGUUCGUGUGGUCUUUUUUUGUCUACGGUCUCAUUUAUAAUGUAGAACUUCAACACAGGCUCAUGUGUUCUCUUCUCUUUCUGUGCCUCUUUCUUCAUCUUUUAAUCAUUUGAGAAGACGAAGGCAAAAAAA